UCUGCACAUGAGAUCAUGGCGGCAACCACAGAGUACAAUUCCAAUGCGAGCUUCUCACAUGCUCAGAUACUCAAACUCAGUUUUCAACAGUUGUUUCCCUUGAGAGUUUUCUCCAUCAUUUCUAUUGUCUUCGCUAUUUUGUAUACUUUGAAUCGUCAUCUGUCUUACAAGGAUGGAUUGCCUCUUGUGAAUCGGUGUUUCGCUCUGGAGCCUCGAGUUUUCUCUCGGUGGCGCUGGGCGUUCCGCUCCGACAAGAUCCUUGAUGAAGCAUACGAGAGGUAUAAAGGACGGCCUUACCGACUAGCUCGCGGAGAUGCAGACAUAGUGGUCCUUCCAGAUGAUAUGAUUGGGGAGCUGAACAAGCUUCCCCAGAGCGCAAUUAGUUCGAGAAAGUCGCACUCUUCCUCUUUGACUGGCUAUCUCAACGGUAUGGAUGUGGUAAAAGAGACAAAUCACCAUGUCAAGCUGCUACUUGCACGUGUGACCCCCGCUCUUCCUGGCCUGCUGCCAUCAAUCAAAACGCGGGUUCAGCAAACGAUAACUGAAAAUCUCCCACAAAAAGAAAAAUCGUGGACGGAAAUUCAGCCAGUCAACAUGAUUGUUCACUGCAUCAGUCAAGCUGUUACAUUGACUACAUUUGGUCCUCCAAUCUGCGACAAUCCCGAACUUAUUCGCCUAUGUUAUGAGCAUACGCUCAAUGUGUUUUCAAUCAUGUUCUUCAUGCGCCUUGUUCCACGCUUCAUGCAGCCAGUUCUUGUUUGGAUGACUCCUUUCAAGUGGCGACUGGAGCGGAGCUGGAAAACGUUGGAGAACUUCGUUGUACCCGAGGUUGAAUUCCGCAGGGAAGACCCAUCAAAACGCUGCAAAAACCCCGAUUUGAUAUCCUGGAUGAUAUAUGAAGCUAAAAACGAGGAAGAGAGAGACGGAUAUAUGUUGACUCGAUUGGUGGGAUCUGUUAUUGCUGGAGGCACCUACAGUUCAGCGGCCUUUGUUACUGGUGUCAUUGCUGACCUUGUUGGGCAUCCACACUUCCUGGAGGAGAUACGCGAGGAGAUACAGGAAACGCACAAGCGCUGUGGGGGAGAGUGGGAUGUCGCAGCAUUCAAUUCCCUUGAUAAGCUCGAUUCAGCCUUGAAGGAGACAUCCCGCCUUGCCCCGGGUAGCAUGCUUGUAUAUUCUCGCUUUAUCGAGGAGCCUAUCGUGCUCUCGACAGGCCUACAUCUCCAACCAGGACAAUUCAUCACUACGUCUGGACAUAGUCUUGCCAUGGACCCUGACAUUUUCCCUAACCCACGUGUCUAUAACGCGCUCCGUGCUUACGAGGAGGGGCUGGCUGUGCAUCGAGCGCAGCCAUUCCGGAGCGUCGAUAGCAAGGACCAUCGGUGGGGCGCUGGCCGGUGGGCAUGUCCGGGAAGGUCGAUUGCCAGCUUGGUAAGCAAGGUCAUCCUCGUCAAAUUGCUGGAUGAAUACGAGUUCUCCUUUGUGGCCAACCGUCUAGGUGUGCCGACAAGACCAGCCACACAGAUCACGCACGAGUUUGUUUUCAUGAGUCCUGACUCCAAAAUGUUGGUUCGUCGGAGAGCGAAGAAUUCUGGAAUAGCAUAUUGA